AUGGCCCCAAAGCUCCAACCCCUGCUCGUGAGCCAGGAGGCACGCAGUGCGUCCCCCUCGCAGAGGGCUCUCGCGGGGCUGGAGGUGGUCAUCCUCAGCGGCUUGCUGGUCUCCGCCUUCUGGUGGGGCCUGCACGAGAUCAAGGACCACCUGCGCACCUCCCCCAACCUGGUCUCCCUGUAUCCCUUGCUGGCGCUGGGCCUCAUCGUCACGCUGCUGCCACCCCUCAUGUACCUAACCCUCAUGGACACCUUUGGGGUGCUCCACCCCCUCUGGCCCCCCCACUACAUCUUCAUCGCACGGCAGUGCCUGCGCACCCUCCGGAACAACAGCCUCAAGGUCACGGCCAAGGAGUUAUAG